AUGACAAAGCUUGGCAGUCCAGUGAAGAAGCACUUUGACUUAUUAGAGGGAAUCCAGCUUCGUCAUACGGUCUACUACCAGCUUAUGAGGGUUUCUGGCUUGUAUUCGAUUAGUGUUGGUUGUCGAUGGGGCCCACCUAACCAGAUUUACCCGGUUGCAUUUGCUAUUGUCGACGGUGAGACCGUAGCAUCAUGGGUAUGGUUUAUGACUCAAUUAAAAGGUGUGUUCGGCGUAGUGAAAAAUUUGGUUUUUGUUUCCGAUAGACAUCAAACCAUUUGUAAGGCAAUUGACAAGGUAUUCCCCACUGCAUUUCAUUGCUUUUGUAUACAACAUAUUAAGAUGAACUUGUUAGCAAAAUUUAAAGUCGAUGCGAAGGCACUCGAGGAAAUAUUUCUAAAAGCUGCGAAAGCAUAUCAAGAGUCUUAUUUCAACUCAAUCUGGGCUCAACUUGGUGCGUACCCUGGUGUGAGGGAGUAUCUGGAUGACAUUGGGAAGGAGCGUUGGGCUCGUUGUUUCCAAACAUUUUUGAGAUACACACAGAUGACAACUUGGUUCUACGAUCGACAGAUGCUUGCCUCUUCCAGAUCAACCACAUUGUCCGACUACGCAGAAAAUAAGUUUGCUGAAUACUCGGACAGUGCCAGGAGAUACGUUGUAGUGAACAUUGACCAGUUUCAUGUCCAGGUACGUGAUGGCAAUCUUGACGGGAUUGUUGAUUUCAACUCUAGGACAUGUAGUUGUCGGGAGUUUGAUUAUUAUAAAAUUCCAUGCUCUCAUGCUAUUGUCGGGGCGAAGAUGCGAAACAUAAAUCCAUACACUCUGUGUGACGAGGCAUACACGACGAACUCCUGA